AUGAGUGGUGGAAACAUCAAGGUCGUUGUGCGAUGUCGUCCGUUAAACUCUAGAGAACUUGCGCGUGGUGCAACAUGUCUAAUUCGCAUGGAAGGAAAUCAAACCAUCAUUACUAAACCGCCAGAUCACAAAGGAAAUCGUGAUAUGGAAGACGUAAAAGCAUUCACCUUUGAUAAGUCUUAUUGGUCUGCUGAUAAGAAUGACCCAACAUAUGCAGAUCAAGAAAUGGUUUACAACGAUUUAGGUGAAGAUUUGCUGAAUCAUGCAUUUGAUGGCUACAACUGCUGUAUUUUUGCUUAUGGUCAGACUGGCUCAGGAAAAUCCUACUCCAUGAUGGGAUAUGGCGAAGACAAAGGUAUCACACCAAAGACUUGCGAGGAACUAUUCAACCGCAUACAAGAGAGAACACAGCCCAACCUUACUUACCGAGUGGAAGUCUCCUAUAUCGAGAUCUAUAAUGAAAAAGUCCGUGAUCUAUUGAACCCUAAAAAUAAGGGCAAUCUCAAAGUCCGUGAGCAUCCAUCCCUUGGACCUUACGUUGAAGAUCUUUCCCGACUUGUCGUUCGAUCAUACGAUGAUAUCAACCAUCUCAUGGACGAAGGCAACAAAGCUCGUACAAUUGCUGCAACCAACAUGAACGAAACCUCCUCCAGAUCGCAUGCUGUAUUCACCUUGUUUUUGACUCAAACCAGACUAGACGAAACAACAAAAUUAGAGACAGAAAAAGUAGCUCGUAUCAGUUUGGUAGAUUUAGCUGGCAGUGAACGUGCUAACAGCACCGGUGCUACCGGCGCUCGUUUAAAAGAAGGUGCCAACAUCAACAGAUCACUCACAACACUGGGAAAAGUCAUUUCGGGCUUGGCAGAUCAGUCCAUUGCAGAUGCAGCUCCAAAGAAAGGCGGCAAAAAGCAAAAGGAAGUGUUUAUUCCCUACCGUGAUUCAGUACUGACGUGGUUGCUCAAAGACUCAUUGGGCGGUAACUCCAAAACUGCCAUGAUUGCAGCUAUUUCGCCUGCAGACUACGACGAGACGUUGAGUACACUUCGAUACGCAGAUCAAGCCAAGAAGAUUCAGAACAAGGCAGUCAUCAACGAAGAUCCCAACGCCAAGAUGAUUCGUGAAUUGAAGGAAGAGCUGACAAAUCUUCGAGACCGUUUGCGCAUCUACGCCCCUGAAGUGGUCGAAGAGCUAGCGGCCUCCAGCGCCUAUAGACAGGAGGGUACGUCCAGCACCACCAAUGACGGAUCCAGAACCCCCAUGCCGACUCGCUCAGCCAUCACAAACGCAAAUCAAGUGCUGGUGAUCGAAGACAGUCAGGGCAACAAGAAGAAGAUGACAAAGCAAGAAAUCGUAGAUCAGCUUCAAAGUUCAGAAAAGCUGCUUGCCAAUCUCAACGAAACGUGGGAAGAAAAGCUGAAGCGAACGCAAGAGAUACACUCAGACCGAGAAAAAGCACUGAAAGACCUGGGCAUCACCAUCGAUAAAAGCAACAUGGGCAUCUACAUGCCUAAAACUAUCCCGUUCAUUGUCAACUUGAACGAAGACCCGCUCAUGUCAGAGUGUCUGAUGUAUCAAAUCAAGGCUGGAAAGACUCGUGUUGGCAGAUUGGAGAGUAAAGCAGACUGCGAAAUUCGACUUAGUGGAGCCAACAUCCAAGACGAACACUGCUGGUUUGAAGCAGGGCCUGACAACUCAGUGACAUUGCAUCCCAACCACAAAGAUGCAAUGACUAUGGUAAACGGCAUUCGUAUCAGCGAGCCUCGUCUGCUGAAAAAUGGUUAUCGCAUCAUUCUUGGCCAUCACCAUAUCUUUAGAUUCAAUCAUCCAGAAGAAGUACGCCGAGAGAGAAAUGACGCACUAAGACUCACUACAGCGAGCUCUUGCACUGACCGCUCAUCACCAGGCUUCCUAGGCUCAGAAGAAGACGACAAUAUUACAAGCGCAGAUCUCAGCAAUGGUGUCGUCAAUUCAGAUGUUGUGGACUGGAAUUACGCUCGCUUAGAGGCUAUGCGAAAUCAUUAUGCUUUGGAAGAAAACUUUAAGAACCUGCCAGACGAUGAAAUCGAGAAGCUGUGGGAUAAUCUUGGUAGAAUACGCCAUUCCAGAAGAACGCGCACUGACAGCCGCGCUGAUUUUGACGAUGACGAGUCUGCGUCCAGUAGUCUGCAUCGACUAUCAACAGCAGCUACCAUGGUGGACGAUGGCAGUAUCUGCACAGAGGCAACCGUAGUCUCUCAAUCUUCUCUACCAACGGAGAAGAUACAGGAAAAAAUCAAAGACGUCAAAGAAAAGCAUCAAAAGGAGCUGGAUCAGCAGAGAAGCUUCUACGAGGCAAAACUGAACCGAAUGUCUUCUAUGCACGCAGCUGAUUUCAGCAGUACAACCAGCGGCAUCACCAUCUACUCGCCUCGCCAAACAAAGCUCAUCCAAACAGUUUUCCAGCGUUGGAAGCGACUGCACUAUGUCACCAUGGCAGAAGUCGUUUUAACACAUGCUGUCCUUUUGAAAGAAGCCAAUAUCAUUUCUCGUGAACUAGAGAAGGACGUACUCUAUCAAUUCACCAUCAUCGAAGAAGACUAUGCACAGCUCAAAUCACACUGGGAAGAGACAUCCAGCUUACAACAGUAUGAACAAGAUGACCAUGACGAUGAAACAUUAAUCAGCAGCCCGAAACCUUGCAUUGGCAUUCGAGUGAUUGACCGCAAAAACCAAGUUGUCUAUGUAUGGUCUCUUGACAAACUCAAAGCUCGCCUCCACAAGAUGAGAAACCUACGCCAUUUCAUUGACAGACCUCAGUAUCGCAAGCAUUUCAAUUGGGAGGACCCCUUUUACGAAUUGCCAUGCCCAACAUACUCGUUUGUAGGAAGCGCCUCCGUGUCUGUUCGCAACCUCACUCGCAAACAACAAGCAUAUGAAAGCUGUGUUGAGAUUCUAUGUCGCACCACUGGCCAGGUCAAGGGCAAAUUGAGACUGCUCGUGUCUCCUAUUGCUCGUUCAGGCGCUCAGGCCAAAUAUCUCACUGAAGAACCACUCGACAUCAAUGCAUCCGAGGUAGAGAAAGCCAUUGACGACGACGAUGUGUUGGAGAUAGGUCAGCAACUGCUCUUUGAGAUUCGCUUGUUGGAGCUGAUUGGAAUCAACGAAACCGAGUUUACACACAUCCAUGUUCAGUAUCGUCUCUCGUCCUUUGGAGGUAUUGCGCCCUAUGCUGCAACCGAGAAACUGUUUGCUACAAAUCCCAUCAGCGGGUUCGGAAACAGCAGUAACAUCGCAUUGGAUUACAGCCAGACACUAUCUAUUCUGGUUACUGAAACGACAAAGGACAUUUUACUGCACAAGAUGAUUGCCUUUGAAGUGUAUGGUAUCGCACAGCCCAAAAUUCUAUCUGCUUACGAGCGUUGGGAUGAUCAGCGUGAGAAGCCCAGAUUAGCUGAAAUGUUGGCAUCAAAGCAGCAAACUCCUCAACAACAGCAACUACAGCUAUCAUCGUCAUCAGCAGCGGUUGCAGAUCGUCGUCCUGAAGAAGAGCUGCUGGCUACCGAACGACAUGAUGUUCUCGCUUGGAUACAGAUUUGCGAACUGAUGCCCAACGGUGAAUACAUGCCGGUGCAAGUGGUAUCUCAAAACUCGCUUGACAGAGGCGCAUUCCAUUUGCGACAAGGUCUACAACGUCGUAUUUGCAUCACCUUAUCACACACCUCUGGACGCCAACUGAUUUGGUCCAAGGUUUCCAAGGCGAUGAUUGGUCAAGUUCGUUUACUAGAUGCCAAAGGACGUAUUAUCAACUCACCUGCGCAUGAGGAUAUAGUCAUUCGUCUGCUAUCGCAUCAACAAGUCCAAUACAACAACGAUGGUACCAGCGUGCUCAUAGCUCAAGGCUCUUGGGAUUCAUCACAGCAUGAUUGUCUUUUCCUCAACCGACUGACAGCUACACAGACUCGCAUUUUGCUUAAUGUCAAAUGGGAAAUUGAAGUUGAGAAAUGCUCAAAACCCAUUCAAUGCAGUAUGGACAUUGCAGUUCGAAUUCAAGGCAGAGAUGCAUCCAACUUUGGCCUCAGAAAACUAUUGGGAUCUAACAAGUAUCUCAACAAAUGCAGCGGCGUCUUCUUGAUCCACCUGCGGCCUCCAAUGACUCGUAGAGUGAGUCAGCUCUGGCGUCUGAAUACAGCAUCCAAAUUUGUGCCUGGAGAAGAGUUUUUAGGUUCAUGGCGUCCCCGUGGUGUUUCAUUGAUCAAUGAUUUCCGACACAUUCAGGAACGCAUCUCCAGAAAAAAUCAAGUGGCUGCUACAUCGCAAGCACUCAUGCUACACACGGCUCGAUCUCAGACUAGCCAAGGCUCUAUGAGCGUAGAUAAAGAAACAUCAAACAGUAUGGCGAGCACCUUCUUGCAACCAAAUCAGUCCGAGUUGGUCCGAAAAAUACUCACUAUUUGGAACAGUAAGUGGGGAACAGACAAGGAUAUUAUCCUUAGCCAGGAUCCACCUAUUCCUGGUAUGCAAGACUCAAAUCUGAUACCAAAAGAAGCAUGGAAUUCAUCCAAACUGAUUUCUGAAGUCAAACUGGUUACUGAAUUUGACAAUGUGACAAAGAAAGGAUAUUUAACCUAUCAAGAAAAUGCUCUAGAUGAUAAAUGGGUUAAGCGAUGGUUUGUUUUGAGAAGGCCAUACAUUUACAUUUAUUCUAGUCAAUCAGAGACAGAGGAACAGGGCAUCAUCAAUGUAUCAAAUGUCAGAAUUGACUAUAACCGAGCACUAGAGCAGAUGAUCAAACGUAACAACGUAUUUUCCUUAUAUACAAACAACAAUGCAUACAUUUUACAAGCAAGUUCGAAAUCUGACAUGACUGAUUGGAUGAAGAACAUCGACACAUUAUACUCUGUGGACAAAACCAUCAGAUAA